UAGCAGCCAGCUCCACCCUAGAUCUGAUAUUGCAGAAAUGUUCCAGGUACUAUGCUUCUUGUUUUUGCUCUCUCCUGCCAUCACAGUUAAUGGGCAAGUUGACAGCGAUGUCCCACAAUGCAGAGGUAUCUUUGAUUUCUACUUUGUAUUGGACAGUUCUGGUAGUGUCGGUGGAAACUUUGCAACUGAAAUAGUUCCUUUCGUGAAAAAUGUAUCAGUCAAUUUUGUGAACCCAAAUUUCCGACUGUCAUUUAUCACAUUUGCAUCUAAUAGUCUCAUACUUCUUGACCUAACAUCAAAUAGAACACAAAUAGAAACUGGUAUUAAAAGACUUGAGUCUCACACUGUUGGUGGAGGAACAAACCUAUCCCCUGGACUAAGCAUGGUCAAUAAUCAAAUGGAUAGUCUUGGAGGUGAUACGGCAAGUGUUGUGCUGAUACUUACCGAUGGGGAAAUAGGUGAUCAAACAGCAACUAUUAAUGAAGCUUCUAAAAUUCGUCAAAAAGGAGGAUCAAUUUUUGCUAUAGGCAUUGCUAAUGCAAACAGAGAGCAGUUGCUUGGUCUGGUGACUGAUGAGAAAGAAUUGUUUAUUGGUAGUGACUUCCAAUAUUUGACAACAAUUAUAAAUCAGGUCAUCAAUGACACAUGCAUUGAGAUAUUAGGAGCUAAUCCUACCCAAAUAUGCACUAAUCAAGAGGGGCUGACAACAACACUGACUGGACAAGGAUUCACUAACACUUUCAAUUCUAAUUCCACUGCUUGUCGUUUUAUAUACAACGAGACACAAUUUGAAAUUACUAAACCAGUGGGCAAUAUACAAUAUGACAGAAUAGUCUGUUCUUUGCCGAAUUUCGAAACUUCACAGGACAUUUUGCUUCAAGUGACACUUAAUGGAAUUUCAUUCAUUUCAAGCAAUGUUACAAUAUCAGCUCAAGAUUGUACGCCUACCACAGGAACAUCUCCAAAUGCUGGCUUGGCAGUUGGCCUGACAUUUAGCAUGCUGGCUCUUCUAAUACUCAUUGCUUUGCUUGCAUUGUGGUUUUUUAUACCUUUGCUAACUGGAAAAAUUAUUUCAUUGCCAAAAAAGGCUGAUCCUGAAACGCCAGCUGAUCCAACUCCACCUCAAAAGUGGUCAACGGUUGAUGCAUCUUAUUAUGGAGGAAGGGGAUCUGGUGGAAUAACGCCAAUGAAAGUUCAAUGGGGAGACAAAGGAGCUACUAUUGAGGGCUCAAGGCUAACAGCUGCAAAAGAUGCCAAAGAAGUGGAUGUUAUUACUGGAAGUAUGGCUCAAGAAAAUGAUAGAGCUGGAGCUAAAAAACCAUCUUUGUUUGAAAGAAUAAAAGAAAGAAUAAAGACAUGGCUUUUAUCGUUUUACUUCACAAUAUCUUCUAUAAGGCCAAUUAGAGGGCCCGAGGGUAAUAUAAUGUGGUGUCCAUACCACUAUAUAACUACUCAAAGACAAUAUGCUACCGGCUCUGAUCCUCUUCCUAUGGCAAACUCAAAACCAACGUCAAGCAUUGCUAGGAACAGCCAUCACACAGAUGUCAACUCUAACACAAACACAGGGAAACAAGCUAAAAUAACCAGAGCUGCUAGUACUAGCAGCCCAGGUGGUAAUAAUUCCCCUAUACCUGUAUCAACUGAAUCUCCAAGACGUCCAGCACCACCAGUACCUUCACGCUCUAAUACUCUUCCAGCCAGACCACCGAGACCCACUGCCCCAACAAAAACUAGUACCUUGCAAGUUGCAACAAACGAAUGAUUGAUUAAUAGUUUUUUUUAAAUACUUUGUUAGUUUGUGUAAAGUACAUUUAUAAUUACAAUGAUUGUUACAUUGUCAAAAAAUAA